AUGGAUUGUGGAUUCAAUUGUGAAUAUAAUUCAUUGAUCAAUGAAUUAACACAAGGAUUGGAACAUGUUAAGCAAUUAAGAGCUUCAAAUAAAAUUCAAGAAUUGGAUUUUCAUUUGCAAAUGAUUCUUUCUUCAUUUGAAAAAUCAUUGUCAAUUCUUAAUUGGACUAGUGCUUCAGUAACACAAACUCCACUACUUGUAGCACCACCUGAAUCAUCAAUUUCUGUUGAUGAAAAUCCUAAAAGUGAUGAUCAAGAUUUCAUAUAUGUUUCAAAGAAAAGAAAACAGAUGCCUACAUGGAGUGAACAAGUGAGAGUGAGUGCAGAAAAUGGAUAUGAAGGGCCUACUGAUGAUGGAUAUAGUUGGAGAAAAUAUGGGCAAAAAGACAUUCUUGGUGCUAAAUAUCCAAGGAGUUACUACAGAUGCACAUAUAGACUAAUGCAGAACUGUUGGGCAACAAAGCAAGUGCAAAGGUCUGAUGAUGAUCCUGCACUAUUUGAAAUCACAUACAAAGGGUCACAUACUUGUAACCAAACUUAUAACUGCGCUGCAGCUGCUACACAACCAAAAUCACCAGAGAAACAUAAACACAAGAAACAUGCCAACAAUCCAAGAACAACACCAUCGAACCAAAUGCUCGCGAACUUACAAGCAAAUCUGAGAGUGAAUACAAACGAUUUGGACAAGAAAGAAGCAACAUGUUCUUUCCCAUUUUCACCAACAUUCUCUGGUUUCGUAGACGAAAAUCUGCAUUUCCAGAUGUCACAAGUUGAUGACAAUUUGGUUGGGCGUUAUUCACCGUCUUUUGUCUCUCCUACAACUCCUGAAUCAAGUUACUUCUCAUUACCAACCUGCCAGAUGAAUGAUUCACAAAGAAUUUAUAACGUGCACCAUUCAGAAUCAGACCUCCCGGAUUUGUUCUCAGCCAACACUUCAUCAACAAGCUCUCCAAUUAUAGGUUUGGAGUUUCCACUUGAACAUGUGGAGCUUGAUCCAAAUUUCUCAGAUUUUUUCAGAUAAAUAAUGUCAAAAAAAGGACAAUAAAAAAGAAUAGCUUGGAUUUUGAUCACUCAAUUCUAUUUUUGUAGUAUAGAAGUGCUUAUAUAAAUUAACAAGAAAACUAGCCAAGGGUAGUAACAAGCUAUAAUAUUUUGUAUCAAUAGCCUAGUAUUUUUUUUUUAACUUUCAACCACAUUCUUGCAAAAGACUGCCUGAAUGUUCAUAAAUUUGAUGAAAUUGUAUGAUCCAUGGGAAUAACCGAACCACGUCUAGAAAAUGCUAGUACCAAGCAACUGCUUCAAAGCCAACGCGAUGCUC